AUGUUUUCUAGAUUAGCCAAAGAAUAUAUUGCUGGGAAUGAAAUUUGUUCUGGUUGCUUUCAGGAUGUAGAAACUAAUAAUAACGUUCAAUGUCAAAGAGCAGAAAGUUUUUCUCCACAAGAGUUACGUAUCGGUGAUAAACAAGAGGAAAAUUUAUGGCAAUCGAUCGUCGAUGAAUAUGAAGAAAAACAAUCACAGUACACCGAAUGGAAAAAAGAACAGGAAUCUUCGGCGGUCGUAGUACCUUAUCAAGAUGUAUCAUCUAACUAUUUGAAUAAAAAAAUAUUUCCUUUAUUAUUACCAGCAAUGGAAAAUAUGUUAGUUGAAGCUCGUCGAUGGGACGCUCUUCGAAUACAAAAGUGUCGAUUUAAUGGGAUCGAUUAUUUGGCUGAAACUUUGUGGAAUCUUAACCCGAAAUAUCCAAAACGUGCAAUUAAAUGGCACACGGUAUUUGAGAUACCGCAAUUUAAGCUGUUAUUACGUUUACAGUACGCUCGGAUGAGAUAG